UUGAGUAACUUUUUGCAAAGUACCUCAUCCCGAACAACCAGAAGUCCUACGGGAGGCAGCUCAAGAUCGAGUAACACAACUCCGCAACCGGGUGUUUCUCAGGCGCCGCGAAGUCAACUUACUCGAGGAGGUAUUUGACGACAUUUUGGCGAAGAUAGAUGCGACGAUUAGAAGUUUAAUUCUAGAAGAGUAGGGAAAAAAUUUGUUCUUAUUGUAAUCGUUCAAUAUGAAGAUGCAACUGAGUAGUGGGUACUUAUCGUGAUCCCACUUAUUGUGGACCUUCAGGUGGUCGAUUCCAAGUUACUUGGCCGACGAGGGAGGAUCAUGCACAGCGGGAACAUCCGCGCGAGGUCAACAUGGAGAGGCUGCAGCCAUUUUCGACGGUAUAAUAUCUCUCUAUUAUUAAUUUUAUGUAAGCCGCACGUGCCUCCUGCAGGACGAGACGACAGCUCGAACUCGAUACCAGUCGGCUCACAAUCCGACAGAUAUUUUCAUUGUACAUCCGAGCGUGGAUUUAACGGAUGUCGAUAGCAUAUUCUCUCGUCUGAAGGUCAAGGGACCCACCGGCAUGGAAAUCGCAAGCGGCUUGGACAAGAUUCGGCUUCUGUCGACUGCGCUUCUCCUCAACAAGGUGGCUGUAGAAAAGUUAACAGCUCGCGAAGUCAUCAGCUCGUUAACAAGCAGCUACAAAGAUAAUCAAACUUUGUCGCACUCCCCCGAGUUGUCUAUGGGGAGAACUCUAACGGGUGUGAAGAGACAAGACGCAAUGGAAAAGCAAGCGCUUCCAACUGCUGUUGCAACUGCGUUACUGAUACGGCAAACAAUCAUGGCUGUGCCAUUCGUAAUUGCAGAGAGUAGCCCCUUAAAGGCGUGGCACACUGCUUUUACAGCGCCGGCAGCUGCUAACGCUCCUCCUCCUAUGCUUGGAGCCUUAACGCUAGAGAACAUCGCGAGCGAGUGCAUAAGAGUGAAAAAGGCGCUCGCUUUAUCGGAAAGAAGCUCCCGCAUCGAAAAGCUCGACCAUUUCAGGAGAGUGGUACCGACAAACAUCCAAGAUGCGCUGGAGGAAAGCGCAGACUUUUCUGCAUAUGCUCGCGCUACAGACCAGAGCCCGCUGGUAGCUCCUUUCCCGUCCGACUCAGACAGACGCACGCGCUCGUCGUUUCCUUAGCGCAGUAGUUGCGUUAAACUCGUCUGAUCUUCGCCAUCCCAGACUCUCUCAUCGUGAGGAGCUGCGGCAUACGUAUACGAACACGGUGAAGGAAGUAGGGCCCUUAGCUGCAACCAUUCUGGCUUUCUUACCUUAGGCAUCCAGGAUCAACCCGCCUUGGCGAUCAUGGGCCGAUAAGUCUACCGCUUCUUGUAAUCUCAUGAAGGGAUGAAAGCAGAAAACGAGGGAAGCGGUCGAGUGAGUUGGAGAAGCUUAAUAUUUACACAGGCAGUUUCUUUGAUUGUGUACAAAUUUUCCCCAUUGUGUUGAGGUGUGCUCUGCUGCAAAUCUAGAUUGGCUUCUUCCCUUUUUAUAGGGUUGAGGUUUAGGUCCAGCGGCGCUCAAAGCACUAAAUAAAGCAGCCGGCUCGUUUUUACCUCUAGCGUGUAGCCCUUCCAACAAAUCUAUUAUUAAUUUUAUGCCUGCUCCCAGGACCCAGUCUCGCUCGCGCCCCUCUUUCUUUGAGUGCGUAGUCCAUUGAAGCCUGCCCCAUACAUUCAAAGCCGCCGCCGAAUAAUCUCGCUGGUGUGUGUUGCGCGGUGGUGGCUCGCGUGCCUCGGGCGUUUUGCAUUCUCGCGGGCGCGGUGCAGGAUCCGCGCGGCCGGGCUUGGUUUUCUUUUUCUGGAAGCUGCCUCCGGCUUUCCCGCUGCGCGGCUGCUUGUUGCAUAUUUUAGUCGCCCAAAUAUUCCAAAAGGCGGCCAAGCUUCGACAUCCCUUCGGGCUGCGACGUCUAUGGCUUGGCUGCCGUGCAAAGGCGGCGCCUCAUUUGGGUGCACAACUGAAGCCGGCGCCGUGGUGUGGGCUACGCAGUACAAUGCGCCGCCUUAGGCGGGUCCACUGACUCACUUGAGGAGCCGGGUGGCAAGCUCAAGCUUUCGGAAGUCUCGGCGUCUGCGACUACACGCGCCAGACCGCCUACAGCGGCUUCGCUGUUUCAUUGUGAAGGGGGCACUAUUGGGAACCUGUCCCCACACCAAUACAAGAGUGCGCUGCUUGUUUGCAGGUCCUUGCAUGGACUGAGCACAGGGAGUGCUUACGUGGCUGGGCAGGCUUGGACCCCAGCAGCAGCCAGUGAGUUUUACGGUCAGAGCAACAUAGUGCCAAUGGAAAGAGGGCAGGCUAUCGCAGUCCCGGGGGCCACGCUUCCAACGAGUGCGCCAAUCGUCCAGGUGCAAGCUGCCAUCGCGGCGAGCAGAACAAUGGCGGCGGCCGCCACUGUUUCGCACAACGUGGCUGCCGGAUUGGACACAGAUGGGAAAGUCGCAAAUUGGCACACCAAAACCGACGCGAGGCAAGGGACCCGAGCCAGCAACAUGAUAGCUAGCGCGCCUGCUGCUGGCGGGGACGCUCUCUACUCUACAAACAUUGCCCCACAGACUGUAAUGGAGAAUGGGCCUGGUGGUGAAGUCCAAUCUGUUAAAUAUUCUAACCACCACAGUCGCGGCCCAGGCGACGCGACGGCCCGCCAAGCGUUCUACUUUGUAGUGUGCUACUCGCAGAGCGUUCAAGCUCCUCAAAGGCCUCCCCCUCCGGGAAUGCCUCGAGCUGUGGAGUUCUGUAGCCGUACUGGAACGACCACGCACGGAAAGAGGGACCUGGGCGGCGAAUUGACGGAGGCCCGGAGGGAGGGGCCCCGGGUUGGGUGAGGGAGCCGCGCGCCCCGUCUGAAUCCAUGCCGACCAGCGCCAGGCCAGGCGGGCCGGUGGGCUCAUUGAAUGUGCGAGAGCGUAAGCGCGGGGAGGGCAGCACUUGGCCUCGCUCGUUAUGAUGGCAGACGCUAUAGCAAGCUUGUUCCCGGCGGUGAAAGGAGUGGAGAGUAGGCCUAGGACGCUCGUGCCGCGCUUCCAUUCUUGGGGAUGCAGACUUCGGCGAUGCUUCUUGGUGGUUUGCAAACUAUUACUCGCCUGACGCGUCGCGCGUAGUUGGAUGCAACAGCAUAGGAAGGGCCUCGCGUUAGGCAGGCCUUACCACUGGGCCGCGUGGCCGGCUUACAUACUCGGGGCGGGGUCGAUGCUGGUGCUGGUGGUGCUUUUUCGCAUGCUAGCCCGCCGCCGCUGGUGUCUUUCUUCGAGCUUGUUGCAAGCACAGACCAAGCGCAAGGAGGCGCGGGCGCAGGGUGCGCCAGCUUCGCACUGCUUCUGUCGGGGAUUAGGCUGCAGGCUGGGGCUGACGGGCUACAGCUACACUACAGCAGGGCAGCGGGCUCGGUGUUGACCGAAAGCGCAAACCAAACCGCGCGGCCUCUCGCGGUUUGAUCUUCCAGCUUGUCCCCGCUGCAGCGUCCAGGGGACUGGUUGGCCAACGUGAUCGCGCAGCACCUGCGCCGAAAGAAGGAGGAUGAAAGAAACAAACGCGCGGCGCGCUGCAGCCUGUGCCACCCUGCACGCAGGCGUUAGCCGUCGCCGACACACACAGAGGGGCCGGAGCCCCUCGGGUGGUGACUGAGGUUUGUGGGCUUUUCUCUCGUUUUAUUUCUCCGCCGGCCGCCUCUUGGUCUUGUGCUUGUGGCUGGUGUCCUUUCGUUGUCUUGUAGAAGACGCACGCGGGCGCGCGCCAGUGAGAAGUUGCAGUUGGCCAGUGAGUCUGCCAUGAAAACGGGAAGGCUCAGGCUUAUGGGGCAGGUUUGCAUGCAACUGAAGAUAGCGGCGGGGAAGUUUGCACUCCCACCCCCGUCGCUUCUUUGUUCUUUAUAAAUUGAUAUUAUGUGUCGUGUGUGUGUGAGUGUCGUGGGUUGCUCUUUGUGUUUCUUCUUCGUGGGCCUUGUUUUGCCAUACUUGCCAUACAAAUGCUGUAUUGGUGACGCACCGUAUAGGAUAGCUUUAGUUCGUUGCUUUUGAUGAGCAUGGUGCAAAAAAGUCUUGAAUUCUAUCUGAGGAUCGAUGGAUUUCUCUGAUUGUUACUCAUAAUCAACACCAUCACCAUAUUUAUCAGGUCGGAGAGUUGAAGUUAGAACUUGCGAGAGAAUUGGGACUAGGCGAUCCGCAACACUUACAAGUACAAUUCUGGGAGUCCACGAAUUCUCCAGGGGAACCUGGUCUCACGAUGCUGGUUAUGAGUGAUAACGAGGCAAUCGACAACGCAACGCUUCACGAAUGGCUUCGCCACGACGUCAAAUUGCUGCUCAUCCCUCUACCACCAGGGUGGGUAUAUCAACACCGAAUCAGAACAAGUGGCAUUGUUAAGGCUUCCAUGAGAUUGAAACGUGCAAAGCCGUUCUGUCAUUAGAUCGAUUGUUGUAGUUCAUGAAGAUUUCGAUCAGCUGCAUCGAAAUAGAAUUGGACGACCUACCACAUUUUUUUCCAGUAUGUAAGAUAAAAAUGAGCAGGGCGUAACUAGGAGGUCGUAUUCAUCUAAUCCCACUAGUGCCUCUCGGUCUCGAGAUCGACGGGAAGGUGGGCAUCAAGGUUCUGGAGGACAUUCAUCUAGGACGCCACGUGGGCCGCGACUUGAUGAUCCUCAUGCGACUGAGCAAGGCACUGCACGUGGACCGCACCUCUCCGCAGAACAAGGUGGAUGCGUAGGUGGAGCGAGCCUUCUGGGUGGGUCCGCUUCAGUUCCUUAUCAACAACAACA